CGCCGUCUUUCCCACUCCAUCUGAGGGGUGGAUUCUCUCGCUUCUGCCUCGCUUUUCUGCCAGCUCAACCACUCAGCUCUGGACCUUGUUUCGGCUGCUGCUCAGUCUCGCUCACUGUCUAUUGUGUACUUCUAGCCUUUACUCAUUUCGUUCGCGUUGCCCCGCUUGUAAUCCCUUUCUUUUCUGAUCUCUCUCACUCCGCCCUUCAAAGGUCCACGUUGACCGUUACCCGAUCAAGGCUCUUACUAACGCAAUCUCCGCUGAACCUCCUGGAUGGUCGAUUCAUAGACAAGCACACCUUGGCUAGUCUGUCUAGUUCUCACUUCCUGGCGUGUAUCGCCUGAUACUGCGACGGAAUUUGCGUAAUCCCUUACCUUUCCUGGAAUUCCUCAUAUACCGAGAUUCGGGCACCCGUUGCCGCAGUUCACACCAAUGGAGGGCGUGCGCCAGUCCUGCCGGCCGAAACACCAGGUCCUGGUGCUGAAAUGCUAUCCACAAUACCAGAAAGGGGUGCAGGAGGUUAAGCCCAAUCCCAGUGAACUGUCCUAUUUGCUCUACUACGCCAGCACUCGCCGCAGCAAGCUGACCAAGGUUGGCGCUUUCCUGGAGAAACGAGCCGCUCGCGAUGUCUGGCGUCGCAAGACAGGCAAUGUGCAGGUCACGCUCCAGAUCCUUACGGCCCUCAUCGAAAAAGUCCCCCGCGACCUCCCCAUCUACGCCCGAUCCGUCCUGACAAUCCUGGAAACCGUGCUCCGCUCUCGCGACAUCACAAUCGUCGAGGACUCCAUCCCUACCUUUGAAACCUUCUGCAGCCAUCAGGAUGUGGCAGCACUGACAGCGGAGCCUGAGUUCGCAACACAGUACCGCGAGGUGGUACGUACAUAUGCGAGCUUUGCGGAGGUCGAGCCGUCCUCUCAGGCUAACGCCCUUGCCCCGAGUCUACCCAUGGCCCUGCGGUGGAGGAACGCGGGAUUGCGCGCCAUCAAGGGCGUGGUCGGCUCCGAGACGGGCCUGGCGGCCGAUGGCGGCGACUCGCUGAGAAUUACAAUGCCGAUCAUACUCGAGAAUCUGUGCAAAGGAGAUAAGGAUUUAGUGACCUCGCUCGAACAUCUGCUUGAGCAGUCGGAAAAGGCAGACACCGAGCUCGCCCACAAACGGCGCGUCAGCACCGCGACCGUGCAGACAGUUGACACGGCCAACGGUGAUCCGGUAUUGGCAUCGCAGUCCGCAGCCGACGCAGACAAGAAGGCCGAGUUGGAUGUUCGGCUUCUUGCCCUUCGCUGCCUCGAGCGCAUUGUCGUUAGUGGAAGCAGCCGCGGCCAGAUUCGAGUCACUACUCAAAUUGCGCUGGAGUUUAUUCUUCGGAAGAUCCCCACUAGCAACACGAGCUUCACACUGGACACCAGGGAGAACUGGGCUACCUCGCUGGUGGAAAUUAUAGCCAAGUGGUGUCCUGUUCAAGUCCGGUUCAUUAUCCCAGUGACUAUGAUGCAGAUUUUGAUGGACAUGAAGCUUAGCGACGAGACUUUGGGCGAACCAUUUGUUGUCAUCUUCAUGAUUGACUGGCUGCUGAAAUCCCCGGUCAACAUGAUUGGCUUGAGUGUUAUCGAUAUCUUGCUGGGCCUCCUACAGCAUUUGUCGUUCUUGCUAUCUUCUUCCGGAGGGGAAAAGGUAGUGGAGCCGUCUGCCCAAAGGAGGGAGCAGCUCUCUCUCCUUGAGAGGUGCAUUGGAGACCUCGCCACUCACAUAUAUUAUGGCGAUCAGGUUGUUGACAUGAUCAGAGCCAUCUUGACUCGCGUCAAACCUGUAAUCUCUCCUGACCAGCCGCCAAACUCAUCUCAGACCGAUUCUCCCGGGGCGCGCUCUCAGGCGCCAAGUGUUUCGGGCGACAGCAACUUCGUUGCCUUUGCGUCUGCUUUUGCCAAGAUCACAGCCCUUCGGGCCAUUAAGAACAUCCUGCUGGUGGCGAAUUCCCGGAGAGCCGCGACCGCAGCUGGCGCCGAAACAAGAAACAAAGUGGGCAUCCAUGUCUGGGAGGGGACGCAAUGGCUCUUACAGGAGUCCCAGGACGAGGUUCGUUAUGCGUACGCAGACGCAUUCCUGACCUGGCUCAAGCUGGAGACCAAUCAGCAAGAUCUGUUGGUCAACGACAAGUCCAGCAAGGCCCACAAUCUGAGACGAGAGAUGUCUGACAUCGAGAAGAGCGGCAAACGGACCGCUUCUAUGGGCGUGAAUCAGAGGGAGAAGUCCAUAUUGGUGGCCCAGCACAACUUCCUCCGGCUGCUACAUUUGGCCGUUUAUGACAUCGCGCUUGAGUCUUUUGCACGGGUCGCUGAGAUGCGGCUGUUGCACCUUUUGCUGGCAAGCCUUCUCGAUAACUUGGGAGUGAAUGCCAUUCGCUUCGGGCUUUCUAUGGUAUUGAAGCUCCAAGAAGAUGUGGGCACUGUCGAGUCCCUGCAGUCAGUCACUGCAAGGGUGAACAUUGGUAGUCUGGUGUAUGGAUAUCUGUGGGCGGUGUCAGAGAAGUUCGACUUAGAAUCCACCAAAGUGGGAAGAGAUAUACAGAACGAAGUCGUCAAGAGGCAGAAGCUUGGUCUCUGGCUUGAUCACAUUCGCCUACCCCCAGCAAGUCUGGAGACUAUACUCCAAGGCACUAACGGUGCCAGUAACUACGCAGGGGAUGUCAACCAGCUUACACCGUUCACCGAGGUGGAGGAGCUAGUUCGUUGUAUCGAGGACUCGUACAACUUCUCUGUACAGAAUGCCACCACCAGCCCUCCUUCCUCUCCAGGGCGUGCCCCGACUUUGCCAGUGCUGGGACAAGGGUCAGGUCUCCAGGACACCCCACAGAGACAGCUCCUACCUUCUACAGCUCGCGAGCAAAUGCUAUCGGCUUGGACUCGUGAAUUGUGCCUGGCCGCUGCCGAGCGAGAGAAGGCAGAAUUCAUAUCUAUGAAUGGAUCGAGAGCAGGAACCCUGGCGAUUCGCAAUCAUUUCAACGUGAAUCCGACCGAGAGCAGCCCUCCCUCUACCACAUCUCCCAAAUCCGGCCAGCAAGUUGCAGCUGGUCUGCACAACUCUCGUCGGAUGAGCAUUUCGGAAUCCGCUCGAGUUCGGGUGAACAGUUCUAGCCGGGAGUCUCCCGUGCAUGUCAAUGAACUGAGACGCGUACUUUCGAUCAAUGAUCAAGAGAAACUCCGGCGCCUUAGCCCCCUUAGAGGCCGACUUGAUGCCUCCAACCGCAGCGUUGUCUCAUCGAGCAGUGAGAGCAUGGUCAGCGGCUAUUCUUUGUCAGAGUUCGACGCAGAUGGCAUCUCAAUCCGCCAUCAAUCGCGCGACGGCCAGGACGGAGACACGGUGACUCCGAAAGCAUCAACAUCUUCUUUUGCGGGCUCGCAGAUGUACUACAUGGCUCACGAGGAUAUUCCUCCUGUCCCUCCGAUCCCGCCCUCUUUGUCCGUCACGGGGAACCUCGCCAGCGAGUCGCAACGUUCAUUGGCUUCCGAUCGACCCUCGACUGCUCCGGGGCCGCGUGGACAAGCGGCUGUGAACGGGAAGGCCGUCGCGCCCGCCUUGCCUCACCAUGGCAAAUCCCUCAGCAAGCACAAGAGUCGAUCGAGCACCGGUCUGUCGGCACAAGCUGCUGACGGGGACGCUCUUUCGAAUUCUGACCCGCGCCGCGAGGUGACCAAACUUCUGGAGGGGUUUCUCUCGCCCGCUCAUGCUGAAUUGAGGCCGGGGGGUGCAAGGGCUCGUGGAGGUCUUGGUCGACGGGGCAUCAGCGGAGGAAUCGGACGUCCCCCGUAUUAGUUUCUUCAUGUCAAUCUUUUUUUUUCUUAGUGUGUGUGUCUCAUGAUUGCGGGGCUUGAAUAUACCAUCCUACCUGUUACUUUCAUUGUUAUAUUUUCCUAUGUUGUAUUGGAUGUAUAGAGAGAGGUGUGCUUUACUGAGUACAAGAGCUAAUUCCUGUGCGUUGGAUAGAGAGAGACUUAAUGUAUAGGUGUGCGG